AUGGCCGACUUUCCCAUCGUACCAGCUAUUGAAACAAGGAUGAAGGCUUACUUGGAUUGGAGGCGGCAGCAUGAAUUAGAUUCAAUUCGAGCAGACAAAGAAAGUGAUGAUACGUCUGCAUGGCUCUUCGCGGUUCAAAGAGCAAGGGAUUUAGAAGAUUCCUUGUCAGAAUCAGAUAAAAGAACGACAACCAGAAAAGACAGCGUUGAUAAGUGGGGCGCAACCACCUGUAUUGAGAGCAACGAUAUCGAUCAAGUCAUAUUCUUUCACAAGAACGAUACAAAUGGAGAAACGAUUUGCGAUAAAAAUGCGAAGAGGAUCAUGCAUAUGCUUCCUGCAAGGAUCGACCCAGAUUUGGCAAAUGCUAGAACUUACGCAAAUAUUUUCGCUGUCUAUAUGGAUCACAAUAUGGAUCGCGAUAGUACAGAAAAGCUGACAAUAGUCAUCGAUAUCCGGGCUGGUACUGGUUGGGGGAACAAGCCCGUGCUGAAAAUGAUGGGUAUCCUCAGAGCAAUCAUCAACACAUUUGAAACCAACUUUUGCGAAAGAGUAGAGAAGUUUGUCGUUUUUCCUGUUCCUAGAAUUGCAAGAGCAAUCUUCAAUGCGAUAAAGCGAUUAUUCGAUCCCAACACAGCCAAAAAAGUUGUUUUGAUAUCUGGUCCUGAUGAUAUUGAUGCCCCGGUCCCAAGAGAAAAAAUAGAGAAGCACAUCGACUUUGAAGUGAUUGACUACAUGGAAUUGGCCCGAAAGAGCUUGUUCAAAAGUCCAUAG